GUCACGCAUUAAGAUUGUUUUGAUCAGCUGCUCACGGGAGUCGUCCGAGCUUUUAGUAGCAUUUCUGUGAAAAGUAUCCCAAGAAGAACGUGCGAAAGGAUUAAAAUGUUCAGAUUAACAUCUCUGCUCACCACCAAAUGUAGACUAAUCAACUCUCAGAAGAGAAAUCUGGGACUCGUGCCCAUCGUCAUUGAGCAGACAGGACGUGGCGAGAGAGCAUAUGACAUCUUCUCACGAUUGCUGAAGGAGCGCAUUAUCUGCGUGAUGGGGCCUAUUAUGGACGACGUGAGUUCCUUGGUUGUGGCGCAACUUCUGUUCCUGCAGUCCGAGCACAGCACGAAGCCCAUCCACAUGUACAUCAACUCCCCAGGAGGGAGUGUUACUGCCGGAUUGGCGAUCUACGACACUAUGCAAUACGUAAAGCCGCCGAUUGCCACAUGGUGCGUCGGGCAGGCGUGCUCAAUGGGAUCAUUGCUUUUGGCGGCUGGUGAGCCGGGAAUGCGCCACUCUCUACCACAUGCGCGCAUCAUGAUCCACCAGGUGUCGGGUGGUGCACAGGGCCAGGCGACAGACAUCCAAAUCCACGCUGAGGAGAUCAUCAAGCUGAAGAAGGUGCUGACGAACAUCUACGUGAAGCACACGAAGCAAUCCUACGAUCUACUGCACGCCAAGAUGGAAAGAGACACAUUCCUCAACGCAGAGGAAGCAAAGACCCUGGGCCUGAUCGACAGCGUCCUGGAGCAUCCGCCGAAUGCUACCGAGAAGGACGCCGAAGAGAAGUCAGAAUCCAGCUGAAGUUGAAAUUGCAGGUGACUUAGUUACUUUUACAAUCCCAACUCAACCGAUGGUGCUUCUUUCCUUGCAACAUUGUGUAAAGUAUAAGAUGAUAAACGAGAGAUAAAUCCUGA